UCCGCCGUGUGAGCCACACCAGCAUCCAGAAUCCAGCAGCCAGAAUCCAGCAGCUAGGAUCCUGAGCCUCCAGCACUGCGAACUAGUAUGAUGUCCAGGCUGAUGUUACCCAAUUCGGGCAGCUGGACACUGUGCGGCGCUGUCCUCCUGUUUGUCCUCCCGCUGAUUCCCACGCCGGAGGCACUGCAGCACACGGAGGAGGGCCUCGAGAUGCUUUUCCGCGAGCGCUCGCAUUCGGACUGGGAGAACGUGUGGCACCAAGAGACGCACUCCCGCUGCCGGGACAAGCUCGUCCGUCAGCUUUAUUGGGCCUGCGAGAAGGAUAUUUACCGCCUGACACGGCGCAACAAAAAGAGGACAGGCAAUGAUGAGGCCUGGAUCAAGAAGAGCUCCACGGACCCUGAUGGCUCCACCUGGCUGCAUGUGAACUAUGCCAAUAUGUUCCUGAGGAGCCGCCGCGCGGAUGGUCAUGCCCCAUCGAUCUCCAAUGAAUGCUGCACCAAGGCGGGUUGCACUUGGGAGGAAUACGCCGAGUACUGUCCUUCCAACAAACGACGCAAUCACUACUGAUUUACGAAUCGAAUUCGUCAGCAAAGUUCGUUCCGCUUAGACAUAUAAAUCCCAAUAUAUUCGCUUUUUUUUUCGUGGUUGUUGUUGAUGUUCUUGUUGUGGUGAA